GUCCUAGCCAGCCAUUGCAGCUCAAAAUCGAGUCACCACCCAUCCUUGUUGGGCCCGAUAACUUGGUGCAACCUCUCGACCUCGUUCGACAAGAUAUUCCUCUGUGCACCCUAAACCUAGCUAGCUAUCUAAUAGCUCCUGAGCAUAGCCUUAAUUUCAAGCAGCAAGCAGACUUCCGCACCAUAAUGACUCAGGGCUCAGAAAUUGUUAUUACCGGGACGACCGACUUGUCGGGCAAAUAUGUUGCAGACCACAAACUUCGGAUCUUGGACCCUUCCAAGCUCAAGGUGACCAAGACCCAAAACCCAAAGUCUCUGCCAGAGGACAUGAAAUUUGUCUGGGGAGCUACCUUCACGGACCACAUGCUCAUAUGUCAGCAUGAUCCCGAGAUCGGAUGGCUAGACCCGGAAAUCAGACCUUACGGACCUCUUCAGCUGGAUCCUGCCAGUACUUGUCUCCAUUAUGCGCCAGCUCUGUUCGAAGGGAUGAAAGCUUAUCGGACCAGCCAACCCGGCUCGAAACCCCUGCUCUUCAGGCCAGAUAUGAACAUGGCUCGAAUGCGACGCAGUGCCGAUCGGGUACAGCUGCCGGACUUUGACGCUGAAGCCAUGAUCGAGCUCAUCCGUCAGCUUGUCAAACUGGACGAGCAUCUCAUCCCCCCUCCUCCCAAUGCGCUAUACAUCCGGCCUACGAUGAUCGGAACACGACCCACCUUGGGAGUUGCUCCUUCUACCCACGCCAUGAUUUAUGUCAUCCUCUCCCCGGUCGGACCUUUCUUCCCGACGAAAAACACUGCCGGUCCACCCCUCCCCAUCCCUUCUGUCGAGAACGUUGCUUUCAGUAACGGAUCCUCGUCCGAGCCGACCGACUCUGCGAACCACCUCAAUGGGACCAACAGUACCAUUGAGUGGCAGGCCAACUUUGAUACUAUCUCGCUGCUCGCGACUACCUCUGCUAUCAGGGCUUGGCCGGGCGGAGUUGGAGAGUACAAGUUGGCGGGAAACUAUGCUCCCUGCUUCAAACCUCAGAAGGCGGCUUUGGCAAAAGGAUACCAGCAGAACCUGUGGUGUCUCGAGGACAAGGAAGGGGUCAUGAAAGUCACCGAGUGUGGGCAGAUGAACUUCAUGGUCGUUCUCGAGAAGAAGAGGGAAGGAAACGUUGUCGAGGUCGAACUCGCUACCCCCAACCUUGAUGGUACCAUCUUGCCAGGCGUGACGCGAGACUCGAUCUUAACCUUGUUCCGCGCACACGCUGAUGCCAAGACUGACUCGGACCGAUUGCCUCACCUCUCCUCCGACUUCCGGUUGACCGUCUCUGAGAGACCCAUCUCGCUUGAAGAGCUCGUCCAGGCUUCUCAGGAAGGCAAGAUCCUCGAGGCGUUCGGUACGGGAACGGCGGCGGUCUUGUGUCCUGUCAAGAGGAUCGGACUGGAAGAUGGACGACCUGACAUGGAAAUCCCGACCUACUCGGGCGGUCUAGGACCCUUGGCGCGGGCCGUCUUUGAACGUGUCUCUGAGAUCCAGGAGGGCAAGGUGCCUGGGCAUCAGUGGAUCGUUGAGAUCUAAUAUCGUUGAGAUCUAAUGCAGGACGUUCUAGAUAACAAGUGAUGGGCUGCUGCCAUAUAGAGGUCGUAAAUUGCAUGGCGUUUAAUAAUGUCAUACCGAUGUCAAAUGAAAGCCCGGGUCGGGGACCGGCCGACUGCGCCCACGCGAGCUCGACCCGCCGAGCUGAAGGGUCAUACAUGGCCAAGAAUCGUGUUGCUUGCUC